AUGACUCAGAUAAAUAGAGAGUCAAAUGACGAUAGCACAAUGCAAUAUGAGAGGAUCCCUCCCGCAAAAGGUGUAUUCCCCUUUUGGUAUGGAGGUGCCGCAUCUAUGUUUGCAUGUUUAUUCACUCAUCCUUUAGAUCUUGCCAAGGUUAGACUACAAACAGCUAGUCAACCUGGACAAAAUCUACUAACAAUCGCCAUCCGUAUCAUAAGCUCAGAAGGCAUACUUGGUGCCUAUAGUGGACUCAGUGCCUCUCUUUUACGUCAAGCUACAUACUCUACCACCCGCUUUGGUAUAUAUGAAGCUCUUAAAGAUUACUUAACAAAGGCCAAUAAUAAUCAAGAUUUGAGUACAGCCAUUCUGUUACCUUGCUCAAUGCUUGCUGGCGGUAUAGGAGGUCUGGUGGGAAAUCCAUCUGAUGUAGUUAACAUACGAAUGCAGAAUGAUUCGAGUCUGCCCAAACCCGCAAGACGAAACUAUCGCAAUGCGCUUCAUGGUCUGGCGAGAAUGGCUAAAGAAGAAGGGCUUGGCUCUUGGUUUCGAGGGUUGUUACCAAAUCUUACUCGAGGUGUAUUGAUGACUGCUUCUCAAGUGGUUUCUUACGAUGUAGCUAAGAAGUUUCUAGUAAAAAAGCUUUCCUUUGAUGAAACUACGAGAGCUACGCAUUUUUCGGCAUCCUUAAUGGCGGGAUUAGUUGCCACGACGGUGUGUUCUCCUGCUGAUGUAGUGAAGACACGGAUUAUGAAUUCGGCAGAAAAACAUCAAUCAAUUAUAACCGUGUUAACCACUGCCAUGAGAAAAGAGGGCCCAGGCUUUCUUUUUCGCGGAUGGUUUCCAUCCUUUAUUCGCCUGGGUCCUCAUACAAUUUUGACUUUUGUAGCUUUGGAACAAUUGAGAACAUGGCGGAUUGCCAUGUAG